CUGCUGGUCUGCUCGAGUCUGAUUCACUCCAGCGACAUCACCCGUAACGACGCAAUCUUGCAAGAGUCCUCAAGGGAUUUUCCUCUCCCUCUUUCUACCCCGUGGACGCCUCUCUUCAAGCGGGAGUACGAGCGAAACAAAUGCGCGUCUAAAGGGAAUUCCCGUGUCUCUGCAGGUUCGAAACGACCUCUGCACGAUCUUGACAUCAACCGGAACUUUGUGUCGCUCCCUCUGUUCGAGAUCAGGUCUUACUCGAUCGAGGAGAUACCGGACUGGCGACUCCCUCGUGGUUCCAAUUGGACAGACUACGGGGCUCGAGUCUCUAGUAUAGGUUGCGGAAUACAACACCACUCGCACGACGUGAUCUGAACGGGAACACCAAGCAAUAGUCGCGAAAACGACCUCGACCUCAGCCAUCGGAAGGAAAGAGCGAUGACAACCCUCUCGCCUAAACCAUCUCCUUUCAAACGAGCUAGAUUUCACCCCAGUUCACAUCUUCAGCAACAUCAUCUGCCUGCCCCGAUCAGGAGUCCGGCGGACGUGUUUUACACCGGGACCACGGCGAGUACGAGUACAGGCAGGACGAUCGACGUGAACGCGAGUUCGAACGCGACGGGGGCGGGUGUAGGAGUAGGGAGGACGAGAGCGUUGAGUGGGAGUGUGGGUGGAACGGGCCGUCAGGUUGGAAUGAGCGACUUGGCCAGGAGGUCGGUCGUGGGAGGCCUCACGGGAUCAGCAAAGGUCCAGGACCAAAACGAUGGGCUGGUAGAAAAAGCUGGGUCCGGGUCAGUAUCGACAUCGACAACGAUGGGCGGCUUGAAGGGUAUCGCAGGUCUCGAAGCGAAGAGGAGCAAGAUGGCAUUUGCUGAAGGAACCGGGACCGGGACGACGAGCGGGAACGUGAACUUGACCUCGUUCCAGAGUCCGUUUGGCAACUCGGUCAACGGGAGCAGGUCAGUCCCGGUACUGAACGGCAGUAGUAAGAACGGAGCUUCAACAUCGACGCCGAGACCGUCCUUGACGACAUCGCGCUCGAUGACGCUCGAACCUGCUCGCCAUCGAACGACCAUACCCGACCCAUCUCCUACCCCGGACGUAUUCUACGACCCCCCUACCGGGAGCGUGAAGUCCACUCACCAGGCUUCGCCUUUCCUCUCCACACGGAGUCAAGUGAGACCUGGCGGUCCUGCGACCGGCACUCCGUUCUUCAAACCCCCCGCACCUCCAUCACAAAGUAAACGGUCCGGCACCCCUAUCCUACCGCACGCGAAACCUUCCACAUCGACCCGGUCUGCACUCCAUACCCUACCACAACCAGGGAUCACCAAUCUGCACCUGAACGGCACCGGCUCCAAUGCCGCGGCAGGACCUUCUGCUAACAAGCGGAGAAAGACGGAGACGGGCACGAUACCCGUACAGACCUUGCCCCCUCUGUCCGCGUCCCAGCAGCAAGCACAGGCACAGGCUCAACGAGCAAAAGACGAGAGCCAUGCGGAUUACAAGAACAAGUACACCAAGGCGUUCCCCAGUUUCGUCUUCUGCUUCGACGCCGAGUUUCUGAUGAACCAGAACAAACGAGGCGCGGCAGGGGAAAAAGGGUAUAGCGUGAAAGAUUGCAAAGAGGGGAUCAGACGGAUGGGAGGACAAAUCGAAGAUUUCUUGUCGAGACGGAUUACGCAUUAUAUUAGCAAUCGAGGCGUUCCGUCCGAGUUGGAAAGGAUGAUGGCCGACAGCGCUCGACGGACAAUUGGACCGGACGGCAAGGAAAAGACGCAACCGGCAAUGGCUGCGAAGGUCUGGAAUCUGCAGAAACUCGGCAAUAUCCUCGAGUAUCUGCUCCGGAAUACCCAUGUAGCCCCCGUCGCGCCGAUACGAGGAGAAGACGACCUGUCGUACCUGCUGGAAGACGAACGACUGCACGGAACUCGAGAACGAGACAAGGCAGCGCCUCGAGCGGACUGGUACUACUUUCCCAAGGGGGUGCACUACCUCCUCAUCGAUGAUGCCACCGGGGAGAGCCGGUCGAUCAUGGCGAAAGAAUUUCCGAAGCACCGCCCGGGGGAACCGACACCGUGGCCGAUCAUCCACGAGACGUUUAUGCGCAUGUCCGAGACUGCCAAGAUGAAUACGGACACGGCGAAACAGUUGCGGGAAAAGGCUUGGAAGACGUGGGUGACGAGGGAACGGACCGAACUCGAAUCGAGUCGGGUCAAGGGGUCCGCCCUCUUUGACGAGCAUGCCAAGAAUACGGGCAUGUUGACGAGGUCGACGUCGCUAAACAAUCUGGCCGAACGGGUUCGAGCCGGUCGAGGAGAUACAGGCGAAGAUAGCAUGAUGCCGUACCAGGCCGCCUCGGGCAAUUCGGUCGUUCUUACUUCCAACAUCGCUUCGACUAGUAACGUCAGAUCGACGACGGGAGUCAACCUGACACCCAACGGGAUCGGUAUGAGUGGAGUCACGCAGGGCAAGGACAGACGGAUCAUGCAGAUGAGCAAGAGGGUACAGCUGUUAAAGGGUCAGACCGCUGCCAAGCUGUCGGCAGCGAACGGAAGGCUCGAGACCUCCAAGGUGGAAGCCAGCGGCGACCCGGUCUACGUCGCACGAGGCGGCGACCUCUAUGACGAAGAUGACAUCGAAAUUAUCGGAGGAGCCGAACUGGCGGACGAUGCAAUGACGUGGGGUGGGGAAGGCAGUGGUGCCAGUCAUCGUCGAGGCUCCUCCUCUUCCACCAGCCAUUCGGGAGAGAUGGUUGUGGAUGGUGAAGCCGAAUCAGAGACCGGCGACGGUCAGGUUGACGGAGACUACGGGGAGCCGUACCGCGAGUCGAUGGACGACCAGGCCAGACAAAAGGUCCUCGCAAUCCUCCAGGCGGCAAAAGCACCUGCGAGGUUGACGGGUUACCAGCGAAGAGAGCUGAAGCGGGCUCGAAGCAUGGGUUUCAGGAUCGAGCGAGUGAACCCCAACCCGCCAGUCAAACCUGGGUAUUGCGAGAACUGUCGCGUCAAGUAUGAAGACUUCGAUACUCACAUCAAAGGAAGACGACACCGCAAGUUUGCCGAGAAUGCCGCCAACUUUGGCGAAGUGGACGAGUUUUUGCUCCGAGUCCGCCGGGUUCCGAAAGGGUUGGCCGGUACUAGCGUCGACGUGAUGACAGACGACACAUAAGAACUACGACUCCCCGGCGAGAAAUUAAUGACGAACUUUUCCAGAUCCUUGGCACCGCCUGUAACCUUUACACCCAUUUACUAGAGGUAUCGCACUUUCACCUUGCGACUGAAUUGUAGCUUUUAGUGCAUUUGCCUUGUAGCAGGCAAAUCGUGUUUGUUCGCCUUAUCAUCACGCAUGAAUUAUCUGAUUGUGUAUAAUGGAAGCUGCAAGUUGUAAUUUGCCCUUGUCAUCCGUCACUUGCGUCACGGCUUCCCCGGCAAGAAAGCAGCCCUAAUGAGUGAGUUCGUACAUGCGGGUCACAAAUUUCUCUGAGCAAGUCGAUUGGGUAGCCA